AUGGUGGUGAACGGCCGGCCGCUGAAGAGGGCGAGGGCGCGGGUCGAGGCCACGGACUUCGCUAGGUUCCCGGCGGCCGGAGAUUGCGGGGCGGCUGGGACGUUCAGGGAGGCGGUGAGGGGGUUCCUCGCAAAGCAUGCGAGGCUGCUCCCGUUGCCGUCCAUCUUCUCUCCGGCGGCCGCGGCCGGCCCGCCGCACCUGCUGAUCUGGAGGGUGUCCCUAACGGUCGGGGAGACGGGGGAGGAAGAGAGCGGCGGCAGGGUGGAGCUCAACGUCGUUGAGGAGGAUGUGCUCCGAUCCCGAUCCGUGUAUUGCGACCAGUGCAGAGUCGUGGGUUGGAGUGGGCACCCGGUCUGCGUGAAGCGGUACCAUUUCAUCAUCGAGAACGACAGUAUUUCUGGCCGCCAGCGCACCUGCUGCCUCCGUUGCGGAACACCCAUGGCCGCUGGAGAAUCAAGGUGUGCUCUGUGCAAUUUCGAUAUGGAUGGUGAGGAGGUCGAAGAGUGUGCAUAUCUGCAUCUGGAUGACUCAUCUCACUUGCUGCACGCUGUGGUGCAUGCAAAUGGUUAUGGGCACCUUCUCAGGGUAAAUGGGCGUGAAGGUGGCUCAAGAUUCCUCACUGGCCGUGACAUAAUGAGCUUGUGGGAUCGCUUGUGCAAGGUGUUACAUGUGAGGAAGGUAACUGUCAUGGACAUAUCCAAGAAACAUGGAAUGGACUAUAGGCUUCUGCAUGCAGUAACAAGCGGGCACCCUUGGUAUGGCCAAUGGGGAUACAAGUUUGGUGCUGGCAGCUUUGCCCUCACCUCAGACACCUACCAAAAUGCAGUAGACAUGCUUUCCAGCAUAAACCUGGCGCUGUACUACUCACACCGCAGCCCAAUUAGGACUGCAUUGCAGAACACAAUUGCUCUUUAUUGGGCGCUCUCUGAUCGCCAACUAGUGACCCUCCGGGAUCUUUUCCGCUUCAUUAUGCACCUCCUUCAUCAAGGUCAAAAGAUGUCAAAACCCACAACUGACAAGCACAAGGAGCUUACAUCUAAUGAGCUAUGUGCAUGGACUAAAGAAGAUUUACAUCGAGCAGAAGGUGCAAUGCUCAAGGUUCUCCAGGUUGUCCAAACUGGACAGUGGGUAUCUUGGCGCGCACUUAGGGGUGCUGCGUCGAAGGCUGUUGAUUCGCAGGAGCUGCUUGAUUAUUCUCUCCGAGAACUGGGUGGGAAACAACUGGAUAAUGGCCUUUCUGUUGCUGUCCGCUGCAAUGCUGAGACUAGUGCAAUUGAGUACAGGCUGGAAUCUUCCUCCAUUCGGUCUCCAGCAAAUGCAGCUACAUUUGGACCUUCUGUUGAACAACUGUUGCAUGAUCUUAGGUUCCUCUAUGAUGCUUUGCUGAACCCAGAGUCCAUGUUGUCUUCACAGCCAGAGGUGGUUGGUGCAUCAGCUCACAGCGCAGCAGCAAAGAUUAUUGAUUGCAAGCAGUUCAUCAAACAUUAUGAUGAGCAUGCACUGCGGACUCCUUCAAACCCAUACCUGCUUUGUGUGAGGUGCUCCAUUGAACUGCUUGAUCACCCAAAAGAUUACACAACACCUCCAGAGGAACUUGUACUUCUACCAGCAAGUGCUACCCUAGGUGACCUGAAAGUACAGGCUUCAAAGGCUUUCCAAGAAACGUACCUCAUGUUCCAAAGCUUCCAGACUGAACAGCUCCCUGACUUCCCAAACUUCAGUGACACAACCCCCGUGAAUCAUGUGCUUGGAUCAGGCCAGUUGCUUCGAGUAAGGGGACGUUGCACUGGGGAUUACAGGAGGAUUGUACAGUUCAGGAUGGAGAGGGGUUUGGAGAACUGGACGGUGGACUGCUCAUGCGGUGCCAAGGAUGAUGAUGGGGAACGGAUGCUAGCAUGUGACAUAUGUGGAGUCUGGCAGCAUACCAGGUGCUCGGGGAUAAGUGAUUUUGAGGAAGUCCCUGAAAAUUUCAUCUGCAGAAAGUGUGCUUUUCGCAAAGGGAAAGGACGUGGGGGUGGGGGUAGCAAUGGUGAUGGAACAAUGGAGGUUAGUGCGGCUGGGAGGUGCAAGGAUGAGAUUGGAUCAUCUGUUGGUGGUGCAGGCAAGUUUGGGCGCAUGGCAACAGUUGGAUGA